CUUCAUGAUUGUGAAAUGUCUGGGUUAUUGUGUGCUGCAUCACCGCGUAGAUGAAUGAGCCAUGCUAUCGAGCUAAAAAUCCACCACACCGGCCGUGGCAUUACUAAUGAGUUGUUUUUCAAGUGUGCAAAAAUCAUCUGCGAAGACCUCAAUUGGCAAGAACGGAGUAAACCCUUUAAUCCAGUUGGAAUUAGCAUGUCGAAAUCGGGCAUGGCGCAAAUAAAUUCUUUUGCGACGAAGAAUGAUCGGGAAAGCGAUGAAUCAACUCCGCAACCUGGACUUGUCAAAAACGUGUGUCGGCAAUGGGUUGUUCACGAAGAUGAAGGCCUGGCACACCGGUUGCAAGAAGAUGAGUUUCGCAACCACUUUGGACGCAACAAAGAACACCAUCGCACCAUCCAGACGGAUAUUAAAGUGGCCAAGAAAAGCCACAGCGAGGAAGUGGAUGAAAUCCAGCGCCAGCAACUUCUGCGUGCACGAAAACUAAAAGAAAUGGAAGACCAGGAUUAUGCGGUUGCUGAACGGUUGCAGAAAUUGCUCGUGGAGGAGCAAAAUGAACACACCCACAGGAGGCGACAUCAGGACCAGAUGCUGGCAUUUGAACUUCAGGAAGAAGAACGAUUAAAUAAGACCACACUUCCGGAACAGCGAAACCUGCACCAUCAUGUCCCAUGCUGUUCGCGCUUUGAUUUCGCUGAUAGGUCUGAAAAUCUCGGUGGUGUUGAAUCCGACUUUCUUGUGACCUCGUCGAAUGAAGUUGCUAAGUACAAAUUUGAAGCACCUGUUCGGCCACCUCGGAAGCAUGCCGGCAGCUCUCGCAGUGAACUGGAUCGACGGUUGCAGGAGCAGCAAGACGAAGCACUAGCUCGUGCUCUUCAGAAUCAGGAACAGCAGGAUAGUGCGUACGUUGACAUCGAUCAUCGUUUGGCACUGGAAUCUCAAGAUGCGGAGUAUGCAAAAAUCCUUGAAGAAAAGGAGCGAGAACGUUAUCGCCGAGCCAAAGAGAAGCAGAAAGCAAAGCAGGAAGCAAAUACGCUUCCUGUAACUUCGCCCGGUUUCGAUAACCCCGUGUCAGCUAAUGCUGCGUCGCGCUCAAUGUCGCUACCACUGGCUAACCAGAUCUACUCGGAAACAGCGACAAACUUAUCGAAAACUGCCAUUGUUUCCAGUCCAUCGGAAGCGGAUUCGCGUCGUUAUCGAAAUAAUCAGCAGAAUUCUCCCGCGAACAACAUGUCAUCGAUAGAGCCCACAUACGGCCGACUUCAUGGGAGAGAUAACUCAGAUUACAACGCUAUUCAAGUGCCUACACUGGAUGGUAUUUUCACAAGCAAUUCUGAAAGAAUCAGUCAGGAAGCUGUUUCAGCAUCAGCUUAUGAAGUUGCUAACGGACGAAGCAGACAACUAUCCCAAAACAAAUCGAAAAACAUUUCGAGGACGAUGCAGCAGAAUGUUCUCGAUGGAGGUGUCUCAAAGCAAUUCAAAGACAAAUAAUAAUUUUCUUCUUUUUUUAACUUGUGGCAGAUAACGGGGUUAAGUGAAAAUACUCCGAUUAGCUUGCUAAUUGCAAAAAAAGAUCUAGUUCAGCAAUGUUUUUGGUUGCGCUUUCCCGAUCUGGCUUGGAUAUUUUAAGGAAAAGCUUGCUGCUGUACACAAAAAAUGGGUGAUUUCGCAGGACAAACUACUCGCACUAAUUAGUCGGCUGCUUCCGAAGUUACACUGCUCUUGCUCGAUCAGACAAUGAGGCAGUUGUUCUUGUACGGACAUUCCUGUUUGGGUACUAAGUUACUAUUUCUUUCAACCGAUUUUGUAGUGGUAUGAGGCACUGUACUUGUACUCGUAGUAUGCCAUCGGCAGAAGCUCAAUGAACCGUAUUUUGUAAUUUUCAGGAAUAUCAGGAAUCGAAGCGCACACUGCCUUUCCUUCUUCCUGCGCUUCCUUGAAGGAGAACAAGUUGCAAAUGCACGACGGCCUAGCUUCGGCGGCUAGACUGUCCCGGUGUCGAAUCCUAUGCACAGUAUGCAGCCAUAUCGCUACAUUUUGGCGCUGCCGUGCUCUUGCUUGUGUAAUUCCCAGAUGACCGCAAGGUUCCGAAGUUAGUCAAGUAUCAGGUCCUUGCUUCCGGUGGCGGUGAACUUGGGCGACAUUCUUGGCUUGCCGUUCUCUCAGUUCUCCUCUCCUAAAGGCACCAUUGGCCAAGCCAAUGAGCAAUAGACUUGAUGGUGAGUAGACUAUAACAUGUACGAGGCAAACGUAUGGUUAGACAAAUACAAAGUUAUUGGUAACUGACGUGAGCACAGCAAUAUUAUUAUCAAUCUGCGGUAUCGGAAUAGUGAAUUCAUUCAGAAACAGAUAGCAGUACUAAUUGUUUAUUGCGAUUUCCGGGUGCAAAUAAUAGCUAGGUUUGGGAAGUAGUAAAUCGGGUUAUCACAUGUAUAUAAUGAUGGUCCGCUCGGUUUUUGGAAAGAUAACACUCAACAGCAAUGUAUAUAAACUCCCAACUGCCUCACUUUAGCAGUCAGUGUACUUUAGCAGUUUCUUAUUCACAAUAUCUUGAAGACGGGAAAACUUUUCUAUCAUCUGGAAAAUGAAAAUUCUGGCUGUGUUGAUGUUGGUUGUGGCAUUAAGUGUUGCCAACAGUGCACCUGGACGAUCACUGGGACGAGUAGAUGGUUUACUAAGAGCUCCCAUUACUAUUCCCUUGGAGGGAUCUUCUGCCUCAAAUCAACUCACUGCAAUUUGCCAGCUCAAUUCUGUACGACUGACCUUGGCCGUCACUGACAGUGCCGGUGACCUUGCAGAAUCCAGCAUUGUUGUUGGUGACGAUGCAAACGUGGAAACUUGUGUAACAAAAGGUCUUGGCACAGGCGAAAACCCUUUGACCAUAGAGGUCGGACAUCGUGACUGCGGUGGUGUUUCCGAAGUCCAAACAGGAAACACAGUGUAUAGGUGGACAAUUUACGUCGUCAGCUCUCCCGCAGCUCCAGAGGGUAUAUCGCUUGAGCCGUUGUCUUCCAAGCAUUCCGUUAGUUGCGAAGUUAAAAUCGAAGAUCCACUCCCCGCCACUGGGAAUCAGAAUCCCGGUACCGUUGAUGGAGACGCCGUUGUCGAAAUUAGUCAAGCUGUCAGAAUUAGGCUGGAAAAACUCCCUGGGAGCUCAAACAGAGUGUGGUUGUUCAAGAUUUUUCCAGACGGCGCCGUUCCAACGGGACUUUCCUAUAAGUUGGGAACCUGUACUGCUAAACCUUCAUCCGCAGAGGAGCCUUUGCUAACCCUCAUUGACGAUGGUUGCGUUAGGCCGCGCACCGGUACAACAGGUACAUACGCACCCGCAACGAAAGAAUAUGAACUGACAGUCAGAGCGUUUGCAUUCACCAACGUGGAAGACACUAUCGAUAUAAAGUGCACUGCAGAACUCUGUGGUCCUGGCGAAGAUGAUUUGUGCGAGGGACAAUCUGCGAAUCUGCAAGUUUGCGGGCCGGCUGCUCCUCCUGAAUCAAAGUCUCAAGUGCCUAAUAAACUUGUUCGCCGAGCCAGAUCUGUAAAGCAAUACGUCACCUCCAAUAUUGUUUCUGUAUAAUACCUUUGAACUGCGUCCUAUAACUUUUGACACUGGCUUUAUAGCUGUUCUGCUGAGGGUUUCGCAUAAAUACGAUCGAUUUUCAUGAGUUAGAGAUUGAACGAAGUUCUGAAUAAAACGGCAUUGAAAUUA